CCACCGCUGUGGGGGUGGGGCCGACCGGCGAUUACGGAGCCGAAACUACGUUGACGACAUAUCGGACGACUAGUUGAAAUAGUCGUGGAACUCCCCACAAGGUCCAAGCCUGGUUUCGACUUCAUUACAAUGGCAUUCUCCUUCUGCCCAUCUCCGAUUUCUUUACUUACUUUCACUUCCCAUCCUGAAGCAGCUCCACAGUGUUUCACCACCUUCGAUUGUCUCAAUACUCAAGAAAGGCGAAGCAGUAACAGGUUUCGAGCUUUGAAUUUACACCUUCCACCCCCGAUUUUCAACUCAGGACCGGAGAUUUUAGCUUCAAGAACGGUGCCCAGUGCUGCGUCACCUGCAGCUGUUGCAAAUUCGACCGCGCCAAUCACUUCAUUUAGUAAAUUGAUUGAAUCUCUGAUUAAUCGCGUGGAUUUGUCGGAGGAUGAAGCCGAAGCGUCUCUGGAGUAUCUUCUUAAUGAUGCCAACGAGGCAUCAAUUAGUGCUUUUCUUGUGUUGCUUAGGGCCAAAGGAGAGACUUAUGAAGAAAUUGUGGGACUUGCGAGGGCGAUGAUCAAGCAUAGUGUGAAGGUGGAUGGCUUAUUUGAUGCCGUUGACAUUGUUGGAACAGGUGGUGAUGGAGCAAACACAGUAAACAUCUCAACUGGUGCUUCAAUACUUGCUGCAGCAUGCGGCACAAAGGUUGCUAAGCAAGGAAACCGUUCGAGUUCUUCUGCAUGUGGAAGUGCUGAUGUCUUAGAGGCAUUGGGGGUAGUUAUUGAUUUGGGACCUGAGGGAGUUGCAAGGUGCGUUGAUGAAGCAGGAAUUGGCUUCAUGAUGGCUCCCAAAUACCAUCCUGCAAUGAAGAUUGUCAGUCCUGUCAGGAAGAAGCUAAAAGUAAAAACUGCAUUUAACAUACUGGGCCCUAUGCUUAAUCCGGCUAGAGUUCCUUAUGCCGUUGUUGGUGUAUUUUCUGAGAACUUGGUCUCCAAAAUGGCUAAAGCAUUGCAACUAUUUGGCAUGAAAAGAGCAUUAGUAGUUCACUCUGAGGGUUUAGAUGAGAUGAGCCCCCUUGGACCAGGACUAAUCCUAGAUGUAACACCCGAAAAGAUUGAAAAGUUUGCAUUUGAUCCACUGGAUUUUGGCAUCCCUCGCUGCACGGUAGAGGACCUGCGAGGUGGAGACCCCGAGUAUAAUGCAGAGGUCAUGAAGCGUGUGUUAUCUGGGGAAAAGGGGCAUAUUGCAGAUGCACUUAUCCUGAAUGCCGCUGCAGCCCUUCUGGUUAGCUGCAAAGUGACCACCUUGGCCAAGGGAAUCGAGUUAGCUCGCGAAACUCAACAGUCUGGAAAGGCCAUGAAGACACUUGAUUUAUGGAUAGAACUCUCCAAUUCUUCGAACGAUUGCAGAAACUAAAAGAAGUAUAUGCCUAGGAGCACUUGAACUGAACUUGAACCGUUGAGUAAUUUUAAGAAGACAGAGCUGGUUUUGAUUUUCCGGCAUCCAUCAGCUUCAUCCGACAGCUUGAGCUGACAUCCUAUAAUGAUCAAAUCAAAAAAUAAGCUAUUCAAAGAAAAUACACACUUUUUUUUUUUUCUGACCAAGGGUACAGUUGAGGGCGAGAGGAUUUGAACUAAGGUUUCAAAUCAAUCGAGCUAGCACUAGAAGACUGAAAAAUAACUCAAACUCUCAACUGUGGUGAAGUUUGUAGAGAAUCCUUUUCUAAUAUUUUUAAUAAGGGUGUGUGUUCAAAUUUUAAGUUUGGGCAUUUAGUUUGAGGAA